AUGGUUGGUAAUAUACCUGAAUCGGUCCCUUAUUUAGAUAAGAAAAUCGCAUAUGCUGAUUUUUAUACAAAAUUCCUGCAUCCAAACCUCCUCUGUUUAUUUACUGAAGAUCACACGAGUGCUUGGCCAGUUCGGUCAGAGUGGGAUGCAAAUGGUUUGAUCAACAUUGACGGCAUUAUCAAACCAUUUUCUUGUAAGGAAAUAUGUGUUGCGAAUUGCCAGGAACUUAAUUUCGGCACACAUCCAAUGUUAACUAUGUCUGCUGAAGAUUAUCUAUCAUAUUGGAAGGAGGCUAAUAAGGAAAAAGUUUUAUACCUUAAAGACUGGCACUAUUUUAGGAAUCAUAAUUUCAACGAUUUCUACCGUCUUCCUAUUUAUUUCUCUUCCGAUUGGCUAAAUGAAUUCUCGGAUUUUCGAACUGACUGCGAUGAUGACUUCCGUUUCGUCUAUAUCGGUCCAAAGGGCACUUGGACCCCACUACAUGCUGAUGUUUACGGCUCAUUCAGUUGGUCUGCAAAUAUUAUUGGCCUUAAACGCUGGUGGAUAUUUCCCCCAGGCGAGGAGAAGAAACUGAUUGGUCCAAAUGGUGGCUCAUUACCAGCUGAUAUAAGUGAUCGUAAAUUUGCUAAACCUGGUUGUGAAGCUUCUGAUUUUCCUCAGUGCUACGUCUUUGAUCAACGUCCUGGGGAGAUGUUUUUCGUUCCUUCAGGGUGGUAUCACCAAGUUAUGAAUCUUACCGACUGUGUCUCUAUAAAUAAUAAUUGGCUAAAUGCCUGUAAUGUUGGUUUAGUUUGGCGACACCUUCAAUCCCAAUUACAAGAGGUUAAAAGGUCUUGUUCUGAUGUACAAUCCACACCGGGUUGGAAUGAAGCUUGUCAGGAUUGUCUAAAAGCUUGGGAGGGUUGGAAUUAUUUGGAAUUUUUCCUUCUCGUGAAAUACAUCCUUCUUUCUCGAUGGUUGCGAAAAACGUGGCAAGAAAUUCGCGAUCUUCUGCCGAAAUGCCCCUUAAUUUCAAAAGAUUCCAAUACUAUUGUGCCUUUGAGCAUUUUAAAUGAACAAGUCGAUGACCUUCUUUCGACUACUGCCAAAAAUGACUCGUCAUUUGUUGAAAGGUUACUUGAAAACCCUCAAAAAGAUGACACGCAUUGGUUAAAACUCUUUACGGAGGUAGGAAAUGUCUCUCGGGCUGUUAGAGAACAUGAUCUCACUCAAGCUAUUCGAACUAUCCAUUCCAUGUUGAUGGAUGGUGAUCUACAGUCUCUUGGCAUGCAUACCAGAGGUCCUGCAGCGUGGCUCUGGAAGGUUCUAAUUAAUAGCUAA